AUGGAGGGGAAGCUCCCUGAAGGCCCCUCCCCCAACGCCGAUGGCACUUGUCAAGACAGGCAGGUUGUGGCGGGCGACUCCUGUUCAACGCUCUAUCAAAAGUGCAACAUCACCCCUUCGCUUCUGACCCAGUAUAACCCAGCAACCAACUUCUGUUCCAAUCUCAAAGUCAACCAGUGGAUUUGCUGCUCAUCUGGCACUCUCAAGGACAGGCGGCCCAAGCCGAAUGCUGAUGGGUCGUGUGCCACGUACACAGUCAAAGCAGGCGACUCAUGCAGCGUGAUCGAGGCUGCCAAUGGGCUAGUUGAUGGCGAUCUAGACACGUUCAACAAGAGGAAGACUUGGGGGUGGGCUGGGUGCAGCAAGCUUUGGCCCGACUCCAAGAUCUGCCUCAGCUCAGGGACCCCGCCAAUGCCCCUUCCCAUCGCCAAUGCGGUAUGUGGGCCACAGAAACCUGGGACAGUCGCUCCUCCCGCAGGCACCAACAUCAGCACCCUCAAUCCGUGUCCGCUCAACACGUGCUGCAACAUCUGGGGUCAGUGUGGCACCACCAAGGACUUCUGCGAAGUGACGGGCGAUGGGACUCCGGGAACGGGAACAUGCAUCAGCAACUGUGGCAUGACCAUUGUCAACAACAAUGCGCCGCCGGCAGAGUACAAGAAGAUUGGCUACUUCGAGGCCUGGAGCACCGACCGCGACUGCUUGUGGAUGGACGCUACCUCUAUUGACGAGACUCAGUUCACACACAUCCAUUUUGCCUUUGCCGACGUCACACCUGACUUUCGAGUUGAUGUCAGCAAGGUCCAGGCUCAGUUCAACAAGUUCAAGGCACUCAAGAGGUCCAAGAGGAUUAUCGCGUUUGGUGGUUGGGCUGCGUCGACGAGCCCCACCACAUUCCAGAUCUUCCGUGCUGGUGUGAACUCCGCCAAUCGCGCCACUCUUGCCAACAACAUUGCCAACUUCGUCAGAGAACAUGGACUCGACGGCGCCGACAUUGAUUGGGAGUAUCCUGCUGCCCCGGAUCUUCCCGACAUUCCUCCUGCGGACCCCAUCGACGGCCCCAACUACCUCGCCUUCUUACGGCUGCUGAGGGCUGGACUUCCCACCGGGAAGUCCCUCGCCAUUGCAGCGCCGGCCAGCUACUGGUAUCUCAAGGGCUUCCCAAUCAGGGAAAUGGGCAGCGUUCUCGACUACAUUGUUUACAUGACGUACGAUCUUCACGGCCAGUGGGACGCUGGGUCUAGGUGGUCUCAGGAUGGCUGUCCAAGCGGCAUGUGCCUUCGGUCCCAUGUCAACAUGACAGAAACAUACAAUGCCCUGGUCAUGGUCACCAAGGCCGGGGUGCCUGCCAACAAGAUCAUCGUCGGCGUCAGCAGUUAUGGCCGCUCUUUCAAGAUGAAAGACCCGAACUGCCGAGGGCCCAUGUGCGAGUAUACCGGCACAGCAAGUGUUUCCCACGCCACGGCAGGCCCUUGUACUGGAGUCCAGGGCUAUAUUUCCAAUGCCGAGAUCCAGGAGUACAAAAACGUGAAUGAUAUCAACGUGGCAACACACUACGACCAAGCCACACGUUCCAACAUCGCCAUCAUCAAUGGGACUUGGAUAGCCUACAUGGACACGGCAGAGAAGAAUGCUCGGUCCAACAUGUACAGGGGCUGGAACUUUGGUGGGACAAGUGAUUGGGCCAUCGACCUCGACACCUUUACUGAGCUCGAGCGCAAGGUCAGCGGGUCGGUCCUUACCAGCAGGUUCACCAGAAAAGGCGCUACCGGGGGCUCUACGCGCUGGUAUGAUCUGUCAUGCAGUAUCCCUGCAGUGGACACGGCAGACAUGGACAGAAAGCAGCGAUGGGAAGGGUUGAUGGCGGAUGAGGCGUGGGCUGACGCUAUAAAGGCCUAUCUGGCACGCACGAUGGACGUCGGAAGCUUUUCGUCGUGGAUUGUUGGCAAGUUCUUCCGUGGACGCCAAGAUGUUCACUGUGGGACGUUGUUGCCGGCAAGCAACUGUCUGAGCCCACAGGAAAACUGCUACGACAAGGACAACAAACCGCCUAUACUGACGAAUGACCCUCCCGAAAGGACUGGUCCAGCAGGAAAGUUCAUCAUGAACUCAUUUGUUACUCUGGAACAGGUAUGUUUCUCUCCGUCUCACUGCCUUGACUUCGUCUAA